CGGCCUGUGACGCUCGUAUUUAUUCUUCUCGUUCAAUAUUCGGACCUUAUUAUACACAUGACAAUCGGGAACACAAUACAUUCUUAAUCUCGGCCAGAAAGUCUCGUAGCUGGAAUCUGGGUCAGUGGCUAUCACCCCCAGUGAUUGGAAGAGUUCAUUUCGGUCCAGUGUGUAGUGUAGCAUGGAUAUAUGCCCGGGGAAGGGGCUUGAAAACCAGCCCUAUCUCCCUCCUGAUCAACCCAUCCCUGACUCGGCUCUUGCUCGACGUGGUGCAAUAUCUUUUUGUUCCAGCAACAGCUACUAUACUCAGCCACGGUUUGAGAGACGUGGUGGUAUAUCCUUUGAAAGAACAGAUCAGAAUGCCUUGUACGUACGCAUGUUAGGUGAUGUAAAAGUUCAGAUGGGGAUAGGGGAGGAUCAUACCUCGCCACAGAACAAAAGAAGACGGAGCUCUGAUCCAGAUUUUCAAAUCUUAGACAACUUAGAUGGGAAGACAUACAGGUCAAGAUGCAGUCUUCGAUUUUUAACCUUGCACAAAGGUCCACACAAACGUCGCUCCAUUCUCAGGGUCUCCAAGGAAACGGCUUCCAUAUUGGACCACUAUUACAAUGGUCCAGCUAAGUGCCUGUUACAUAGGAUAACUGACUGGAAUUUCAACAUCUUUAGUCUCGACAGCCUUACCAGUGGACGCGCCUUGUACUCAGUUGCCUUCCAUUUAUUCCACAAAUACAAGCUCAUACAAUGUUUUCACCUUGACGUGGUGAAAGUAAUGCGAUGUUUAUCUCUAAUUGAAGAUGGUUAUCACAGUAGUAACCCGUACCACAAUGCUGUCCAUGCAGCAGAUGUCACUCAAGCUAUGAACUGCUUCUUAGUAGAACAAAAGAUAGCCUAUUGUUACAGUCAACUUGAGAUUCUGGUGGGGUUGCUGGCAGCAAUGUGCCAUGAUGUGGACCAUCCUGGAGUGAACCAGUCAUUCCUCAUAGCAACUUCCAAUCAUUUAGCUUCAUUAUAUCAGAACACAUCAGUUUUAGAAAAUCAUCACUGGAGAACAACAGUUGGGAUACUCCAUGAGUCUGGAAUGCUCAGUCAUCUCAAUGCAAGGCAGUGGCAUUUUUGUGUGCGGCAACUCAAGUCCCUGAUCCUUGCCACUGAUAUCACGCGCCAGCAGGAGUUCCUCAGCAAGUUCAAGAAACAUAACGACCAUGGUGAUUUACAACUUGACAAGGAGGAACACAGGCAUUUUGUUAUGCAAAUAGCAUUAAAAUGUGCUGACAUCAGUAACCCAUGUCGCCCUCUCGACAUCAGCCGGAAGUGGAGUCAGAGUGUGUGUGAAGAGUUCUUUAAACAGGGUGAUUGUGAGAGGGACCUUCAGCUUCCUGUGACACCAGUCUGUGAUAGAAACUCAACCACAGUGGCCAAAAUACAAAUAGGGUUUAUGGACUUUGUUGUGGGACCCUUAUUCAGUGAAUGGCAGCGGUUUAUACCCUCUAAUCUCAGUAAACAGUUACUAAAUAACAUUAACUUAAACAGGAGUUACUGGUUAGAGACUAUGCAUGAACCUGAGGCUGACUUAGAGGAGGGUACAGUUUCCAAAUCCAGUGAUCCUAGCCCAGCUCAGUCCCCUGUGGACAACAUUUCAUUCACAUUUGAUGCCAUAGAUGCUGAGGGAGAUACAGAUAGCAAAUAUGGUGAUGAGGCUGAUGAUGAUGAUGAUGAUGAUGAGCUCCCUAUGUUAUUAAUGCCAGCGGAGAUUCAGUCUCUCCUUGGUGCUAGGCGGCAUAGUAUGCCACCAGCGUUACCUCGAAGAGACGUCUUUAAACUUCAAAUGAGGAGGGAGAGCUAUCCCAUAUGUACCUCUCUGAAUAGGAGAGGCAGUUUACCCAAAACGGUGUACCAGUCGACCUCCUGGGACCAGUUGUCUCAAAAACUGUCAAAGACGUCGAAUGGCACCAGGGCUUUGUCUCUGGACACAUUGACAUCUCGUCCAAAGAUCUCUGUCCUCAGUGCCCUUAUGGACACUGUCUCCAUUACACACCAGCAAUUCUCAAACUCUGACCCUCAGUCGCUGUCAACAGGAACCAUUCCUGUUGCACCCACUGCCAGCAAGAGGCUGUGGUCUUUACCCCAUUGUGCUGUGGACAGUUUGGAGUGUUCUCUAUUGCCUACAUUCCAUAGCUCUAGCCAUCACCACCACCACUCUAGUCAUAGUGAUUCUCAGGCAAAACUGCACGCCUCAGGGCACUUUGAAGCCGCAGAGCUGAAAGAUGCACAUAUUUUUAUACCUCCAUUCACCAGCACACAAUCAAACAUAUGUCAGGUCGAAGAGCCAGCUAUGCAAGUUCUAGAGAAGAGUCGGGAAUUAUCAAAAGUUGAAGAGGAUGCACCUGCAGAACCAGGCAUUGUACACAGUUUAUAGUCAACUUUAAUGAAGCUGCAUUUUAAGACAUUUAUUUGCUAGUUAUUGUUAAUCAGAUUUUGCUAGCAUUUGUUGUUUGAUUAGGAAAGUGGCAUAUCUGCAAACACAAUCCAAUUUGUAGUUAAAAACAUCUGCUGUAGAUUUUUUAAGAAGCUUUUUACCAUUUUAACCAGGUGCCAAAACUGGGUGAAUGUUUGACUUUGUAGGCUUUAGUUGUCAAGUCCAGGUUCACACACACUAGAUUUUAAGUUGUAUGAAAAGAUGAUACAAAUGUCAUGAAGUUUUCUGUGGAUGAAAUGGAUUUUUUUUUUGUUGUUGUUGUUUUUUUUUUUUAAACAUGCACAAGACCAUCGUUUUAUAUCUCAUUAAGACAGUUUAUUAAAAAAAAGUGUAGUCGGUAUAUCUUUCAGUGAUUGAUAAAAAAAAAAUAUGCUUUAUACAAUUGGGCUUUGCCUUUGUCACGUUAGAAUAUAUUGCCUAUGAAGAUUAUCUUUUAAGAAACUUAAUUGAGUGCUGGGAAAAUCAUUAAUUUCCCUUAACUAUAUGUAGUCUUUAAUGCUGAGGAAAUCGUGGAAAACCAUGAUUUAUUCCAUAAGAACUGUACAGUAUUUGGGUGGCAGAUCAUCAGCUGUUGUUUACUUUCUUGUCCUGUUAUGGAUUGUCAUUAUAUGAACAUUUUCCACUAAAUUAUGAGAAGACUAGGUUUUAAAGCCCAUUUUGUACCAACCCUUGUUAAAAUAUAGGAAAAAAGUAGAAUUAAUAAAUAAACCUACACCAAAAUAAUUCAUAGGAUGGCUCAAAGUUAGAUAUAUUUUUGCUAAAUAUAUAUUUUACAGCUAAAAUCUAGUGUUGGAUAGGACCAAAGAACUUUUGAAAUGUAAAUUAGAUAUGAAAGAAAUCCGAAAUCCAUUAGAAGUAACCCGAGUGUUAAACACUUUAGUUUAAAAUGGUACAUUUUUCACCUUCCAAAAUUUUCUGUUAUGAGGUAGAUAUCUGAACAUUGUUUUCCCUGUACAAUUAUGUUGUAAACAAGCAUUGCCUAGUAUAAAGGUGGAGGAUUUUUUCUCAUUUUUCAGAUUAUUAUUUUCUUUUGUUGCAUGUACUUUCCAAUUUUUUUAACAAGUUGCAGGUUUUUUUUUAGUCACUGACAAUUAUCCUGCAUACUGAUCUCCUUAGUCAUGUGCAACUAGUUUAUGUUGUUAGAUAUAACAGUAUUUGUGAUGAAAUUUUAAGGCAUAUUUCUCUUUUGUUACAUUUGACAAAUAUUUAGUUGUCUUUAUGCCAGUAAAGGGGAAAAACAUGAAACAUUUGGACAAUUAAUGUCCUUGAAAUGGAGUGUUGUUAGUCUUUUCCUGCAUUUUGGUUUUAGACCAAAUUUGAAAAAAGUAUCUUACUUAAUUUAGGGUAAAUUCAAGGUGUCAGUUGAGGUUGUAUUAUAGUACAGAACAUUAACAAAGGUUUGACAUAAAAAUAUUUUUGAAAGUGCAAUGUAUUUGUUAUACAUUACCAAUGUUGGUAUCAGGCUGCAUGUGCAUCAGUUUGUUUUCUAGACGUUAAGUCUUUAUCUGGGAUAAACUGCAUUGUUAAAAUAUUUUCAAAUAUAUCAUCACCAUUAUUUGUUCACUUUUAAGAACACGUUUUGUUUGUUCAUUUGUCAGCAGCAUGUAUAUAAAUGGGAGUUAUAAAAACAUUUGGAGGCACCUUUAUUUUGUUAACAAGUAUUGUCACUUUAUUUCUGGUGCCAAGCUGGUCUCUGAUUAAGAUGUGUAUUUUCAAUUUCCAUGUAAAUAAACAUUUUGUACUUCAAAAAUUAUAGACAUUUACUGUACAAAGACAAGGAUUUUGUGUAGCAAGCUUUUCACAGAUAAGUGACUACUGCUGUCUUUAUUUUUAGGGUGCACAGGGACAUCUGGAGACCACUCUUAAUAUUUAACAUGAUUGUUUUAUUGCGCAAGUUUAUUGUAUGUACUUAAGAUAACUGUAAAUACGAAUUUUUGAUCUCUUAUUUAUUAACAUGACAGCUCAAAGCAUGUCAUGAAUACUGCCACCUUUUGUGGAGAUCACAUCCCCCCCUUUAAGUUUUCUCUCUCCUGAUUGGGCUGAUUACUUGGUAGUCUGUCACUUGGAAAGAGGUUCUUUAAGCAACAGAUGUGAACUCUGAUUUACAAAAAAAUAUCAAUUUAUCUUUGGCAAAAGUUGAUUUUAAAAACCUUAUCAACAACACAUAGCCACCUCACAUAAUCCUGUAAGAUCGAAGGUCAGUAAUCAUUAUAAUAAUGCUGAGUCCAUCAAAACUGCUGAAGCUAUGUUACUGGCUGGGUUGAGGCGUUUCCUCCUUGCCUCUCUGUGAAAUAAAACGUAGCCUCAGUUUUA